AUGUCUGGUAAUCCACCGUCCAUCGUUCUUCUUCCAUCGUCGUCGUCGGCGGCGAGUCCAAAUCCUUCUAUACAAAAUAUAACUACUCAUCCGAUUGUUCGACCUCCUAUAAUUGUUCAUCAACAAACAAUACAAUCUCCAUCAUCAUCAUCAAUACCCUUUAAAAGUGUUAUUGUAAAACCAUAUCGAGAUAGUAUUCAACAAGCAUUAACAACAUCAACAAAUGUCGAUGUUAAACCAGUCAUUUUACAUUCGAGUGAUAUUAUUGAAUCACAUCAACCAAAUAAACGAAUUGCUCUUGAUUCAACAGAUUUAAAUAAUUCUAAUCUAACAUUUUCAGCAAUACCAAAAUCUGAAACUCUAACUACAUUACAACAAAUUCCAUCAUCGAAUACUGUAUCAUUUGCAACAAUGGUUCCACAAUCAUCAUCAAAUUCUCCAUCAUAUUCAACUUUACGUUUAGUAACUCCAUCGACAUUUAUUAAUCCUAAUGAAAUAUCUACAAUACAAACAUCAGGUCAACAAAUUUUACUUCAACAACGUGGAAAUCUUGUAAUUACUCAACCACUUGUUACGUUACAAGUGCAACAAGAUCCAAAUUCAGCUCAAAAAGAAAAUAAUAGUAAUUCUGCACAUUUUCCAACCGAACAAUCAAAUACAAACGCAAGAAUAAGUAAUACUGAUUAUUUACCAGUUCAAUAUCAACGUAAACCAUGUAAUUGUACAAAAUCUAUGUGUCUUAAAUUAUAUUGUGAUUGCUUUGCAAACGGACUUAAUUGUCAAAAUUGUGCAUGUUUAAAUUGUCAUAAUGAUGCACGACAUGAAGAAGAACGAAACAAAGCAAUAACUACUACACUUGAACGUAAUCCUAAUGCAUUUAAAUCAAAAAUGUAUAAAUUUGCUAAUACAACUGUUUCACAACCAGAUAGACCACUCAAAGGUUGUAAUUGUAAAAAAUCAAGUUGUCAUAAACGAUAUUGUGAAUGUUAUGAAUCAAGAGUACCAUGUACAAGUUUAUGUAAAUGUAUUGGUUGUAAGAAUACAGAACAAUCAGUACAUCCUUUAAAUGUUGGUUUCUAUCGAUCGGGUCAACCAAAAACAACUACACAAACUCCACUUGAUCAAAUACCACGAACUGGACCUCCAACGGAAACUACCAUACCAAAUAAUGUAUUUAAUAUGGAAGUAUCUGAAGCAUUAGCUACUUGUUUAUUAGUCACUGGUCAACAAUGUGAGAUUAAUCAAACGAGUGAUCUCGAUUCACAACAUGCUAUUCUUAAAGAAUUUCAACGAUGUAUGCAUCAAAUUGUACAAUCAGCGCUUGGACGUCCACCUUCAUCGUCAUCGUUUGGCUAA